AGAUCCAUUCCUAUCCUAAACAGCAUACUAUCAUGUGCAUAAACAUACGGCGGAGCGGCUGGGCAGAGGAGGAGGUCCUCGAGAUGCCAAAAUAAAUGGUAUAUUCGUCUUUUGGCACUUCGCGUGACGUCAUCAGCGUGCUCGGAGGCAACAUGGCGGAUACAUUUGCCAAGUACCAUUGCAACUACUGCGAAGAGGAUGUGAACGGACUGAGGGUGCGGUGCUUGGAGUGCGACGACUUCGAUCUUUGUUUACAGUGUUUUGCUUGUGGUGCUGAGAUUGGAAAGCAUAGAAGUGGACACGCCUAUCAAUUUAUGGACACAGGAAACUUUAGCAUUUUCCCCGGUCAAGGCCAUUGGACUGCCAGAGAGGAGGUCAGAUUGCUGGACGCCAUUGAGCAGUAUGGGUACGGUAACUGGGAGGACAUUGCGCGCCAUAUCGAGACUCGCACUCCGGAUGAAGCAAGAAAUAAGUACAUCAGCAGUUACAUAGAUGGCGCUAUUGGGCGAGCCUCCUGGAAACCAGCGUUAGAAAGAUUGCAGCUCCCCAUUGAGCACACAGUCCCUGACACAGGACCACUCUCGCCAACUCUAGGGUCUUCACUACCCUCCCAGCCACCCUCCACUGAGGAGAACACUAUUCUUGGAUACAUGCCACACAGAGAUGAUUUUGAGAGAGAAUGGGAUAACGAUGCAGAAACAACGAUAGCACCAUUAUUCAUUCAUCCAGUUGAUGAUGAAGAUGUGGAUAUGGCUCUCAAACUUGCACAGGUUGAUAUGUACAUGCGCCGUCUUCGUGAAAGAUCGAGAAGAAAACGGGUAGUUAGAGAUUUCCAGGUUGUUCCACAAUUUUUCAAGAAGGAAAGAGAAAAAGCCCAAGUUCCACCAAAAAAGAAGAGCAAAGAUGAUAAAGAGGCAGUAGCUGAAAAACUUAGAACAAUUAGCCAGUUUCAGACAGCAAGUGAACACAAUAAUCUCAUAAACUCCAUUGUCCGAGAGAGAGAGUUAAGAACAAGGAUAAGAGAGUUACUAAGAUAUCGUCGUAAUGGAAUUAGACAUGUGGAAGAAUGCCAUGAGUUUGAGGUAGCAAGGUCGCGAAGAGACAGGAAAAAAAAAAUCGUAAUUUUGUGUACUCUCAAAAGUAAGAGAUCAUUUAAUAGCUUACAUCUUUUGAAUAUGAGCUGUAUUUCCGAAGAAUUUGAAGCAUUAGGAUGGGCAAGUGCAUGUUUACACUCGCAGAAAACCACCCCAGGUUUUUCUAGACUCCGAGUAUUCACAACUUUGCCUUUCAUGCAGGCCAGCCUGCCUCAGAUUCCGACUCAAAUGGACCUCACCGCAAAGUCAAAAGACAAUUUCCCUUUCCUCUCUGUACCUGUGCAGAAACGACGCAAGAAGUCCGAAAUGUUUAGCAGAAAAAAAAUUCACGCCUCUCGAUACUGGCGGUGGAAGAUGGCUCAGCGGGAGCUUGAGCGGCAGCAGCGGGAACAGCAACGACAUCUCCAGCUGGGGGAACGGGAGCAACACGCAGCAAGCACAACAGGGGGGGACUCAAGGGGGGAAUGAUGACCCCAUUGCAAUAUCCAUGUUACCAGGCUACCAUCUUUUGUCCCAGAAGGAAAGAAAGUUGUGUGCCUCCUCAAAUAUCAAGCCAUCACAGUACAUUGCUUACAAAGCUGUUUUACUUAAGGACGAAGGUGACAAGCGUCAGGCAGGUGUUGGAUCAACUACACGAGGGGGUGUAUGCACUCCCCAAGGCCUAGACUCUCACUCUCAACGCAUGAUAACCACUUUCAUGACCCAAGCGGGCUGGAUCUCCUCGUUCACAUGACCACCCUUUAAUUUUGGGAUCUGAGCAGCUGGAUCUACAUCUACAGCACAAGAAUCUUUGGCAUGUAGAUCUUAAAGGCAUUAUUCUGCUGCAAUGACCCCAAAAUAAUAAAAAUGUGUCAAGAAAAAUAAAAGGAAUAAAGGUAAUCAUAUGAAAAGUGAUAGCUAAAAGAGAGGAAAAGUGUGGAAUAAAGAAAAAGGAGAGAAAAUAGAAAAUAUUUGCAGUUUGAAAGUCAUGCAUCCCCCCAUUUUUUUCCCCCCUUUCCUUUUUUUUUUCUUUUUUCUUUUUUUCUCUUUUUUUAUUUUUAUAAGGAAUGAUACUAUUGGAUGCUUAGCUGGUUCACUUUUAUGCUGAUUACAUAUCGGAGUCUUUUAGGCAUUUUGUAUGAGAGCUUCAUAAUUAUUAAGAAAUUUUGAAUACCAGUCAGUAUUCCUUGGAAAUUUGUUAUAUAUAUGUGGAGCUUUCAUAUGGUGAAUGUUAAAUGGUGUUAAUCCAUGGAAAAUCAGUACAAUACUGAUUAGAAAAGCCUGCCUUCCCUAUGCUCCUUUUGAUUCAGUAAUGAAUUUUGGUAAAACUGAGUUGCAAUAUUUGCAUAAUGCUUGUACUGGUGAUGGUGAUAUUAUAUUUUAAAUUUUACAUAUUAGCAUCUGCAGGUAUACUUUCUCCUUUUUAGACACAUGCACUUCUUAAGUACCACUAGUAGCUAAGUAUAGUAUAAAAGGAUAUUUGUAAUCAAAGGAAGUAAUUGAUUAAACUUACUUUUUAGUGUGGAUAUUGUACCUGUGAACAUGUCCUCGUAUUUUUUUUUUUUUUUUUUUUUUUUUGUAUUUUGUUUAAUUAAUAUUCUGAUGGAAACCAGGCAAAAAAGCAGUCAAGUGCAGUGCUUAUUGAUUUUUUUUCUAGUCAGGAUUGAUUCGAGUUCAGUAACAUUUAUCAACUCAAAUUUUUUUUUUUUUUUUUUUUUUUUUCCAUAUCAGUUGCUGAUAUUUUGCUCACCAUUAUAACUUUUAAUGUUCAGAAGGUGUUCAUCUAAUCAUUGUAUAAUUUGGUCACUGAAAAGAAGGUGCAUACCAAGAAAUAUUGUUUAGUUUAGAUUUAAGGACAUUUAAUUUUUAUACAAAUCUUCUGUACCUGGAUAUUUAUCAUUUUUAAGAGAGACGUAGUAUUUCA